AUGAAUAAUCAAUGUCAAGCAAAGCUCCAUUGGAGCAUUAAAAGAACUAUGCCAAAAAGCAAAACUGAAAAGUGUAAUAAUUCAAAAGAAAGUAUUACAAGAAGAUAUACUGCACUUGAACAAAGUUUACAAGAUAUCCAGACUAAACUGUCUAAAAAUAAAAAUGCAAUUCAUUAUUUAAGGAAUGCUACUUUCAAUCAAAUUGCAAUAACAUUUAAUGAUGAAUGUAAAGAAAAAUUAUUCAGAGACAAAAUUGGAAAACUAGAGAUAAAAAAUACAAUUGAUCUUUUAGUAUUAUUAUCAAAUAAUUAUUUAAAUAAUUGUAAAACUUACAUUGAAAGUUGUCAUAAACUUUGUAGUCUUUUACCUCAAUUAAAGGAUUUAUAUAACGGUACUAAGGAAAAAAUGAAUAAAAGCAAAGAAAUAUCUAAUACCUUAAACGAAGCAUGA